UAUUCUAAUUCUAGUCUUGCUUUCCUUAAACAAACCCCUCAAACAGAAAACUGAACCAUUUCUUGUUUGUUUGUUUUUUUUUUUUUUUCCCCUUCCUUAAAGCUGACACAAUCCCUGCCUCUCUUCCAAACACAAAUCCCAUUCCUUCCUUUUCCUAGAAAAAGAAAAAAAAAAAAAAGUUGUCUUGAAUAUUCUUCAUUUUUUUCCUUGUGAAAGAAAUACAUAUUGAACUUUUGCUUCUGAUUCUGAUUUUUUGAUAGAGUUCACAUUAUGGGUAUGAAUAGAAGAGAAACCUUAGCCAUUGUUAUGGCAUGGCUUUCUCUAUUUCAAGGAUUUUUGGUUGCUGUUAAUGGGGAUUUUAAUUACAAAGAGGCUCUUACCAAAUCCAUAAUUUUCCUAGAAGCACAAAGAUCAGGGAAACUUCCUCCCAAUCAUAGACCAGCCUGGAGAGGAGACUCUGCACUUGAUGAUGGAAAACUUGCAAAUGUUGACCUUGUUGGUGGAUAUUAUGAUGCUGGAGACAAUGUGAAGUACGGGUUCCCAAUGGCUUUCACAGUUACUACUCUCUCAUGGGCUGCUAUCUUCUACGGCCAUGACCUUAGAGCAGCUGGUGAAUUGGACAAUGUCCACUCUGCUAUUCGCUGGGGCACUGAUUAUUUCCUCAAAGCUAGUUCCCGAAAAAACCGAUUGUAUGUUCAGGUGGGUGACCCAAACCAGGAUCAUCAAUGUUGGGCCAAACCAGAAAUGAUGCAGACACCAAGGACUGUAUUGCAAAUUGAUGAGAACCAUCCAGGAACUGAGAUUGCUGCUGAAACUGCUGCAGCUAUGGCUGCUUCUUCCAUUGUGUUUCGACGCGUAGAUCGUGCCUAUUCUCGUCGACUCCUCAACAAAGCUAAAUUGCUAUUUCAAUUUGCUAAAACGCAUAAAGGGACAUAUGAUGGAGAAUGCCCUUUCUACUGCUCCUUUUCAGGCUAUAAUGAUGAGCUUUUAUGGGCUGCAACAUGGCUCUAUAUGGCCACCAAAAGACCUGUGUAUUUAGAAUUCAUUCAAGAUGAAUCUAUUAGUGCUAAUGUAGCUGAAUUCAGCUGGGACCUUAAGUACGCUGGAGCACAAAUCCUUCUUACCAAGCUGUAUUUUGAAGGAGAGAAAAGCUUGCAAAACUUCAAGAACCAAGCAGACAGUUACGUAUGCUCAGUCCUCCCAGACAGCCCGUACCACCAGAUUUUCAUCACUCGUGGAGGUAUGAUCUUCAUGAGAGACGGCGCUAAUACUCAGUACGUUACAGGAACAGCUUUCUUGUUCAGCGUUUACAGCGAUUUACUUGCCAAACACAAUCAGAAAAUCACUUGUGGAAACCAACAAUUCGACUCCACACAUCUCAUGGCUUUCGCUAAGCAACAGAUGGAUUACUUGCUGGGAAAUAACCCUGAAGGAAGAUCUUACAUGGUUGGGUUUGGAGUCAAUCCGCCAACACAAGCCCAUCACAGAGGGGCUUCUGUGCCCAAUAUUUUAAAUACCAAAGACUUUAGCUGUGGCAUGAGCUUCGUCCGAUAUUUCCUAAAAAAUGUACCAAACCCUAAUGAGCUAACUGGGGCCAUUUUGGGUGGGCCUGAUCGCUUCGAUAACUUCGAUGAUAAACGUUGGGACUCACCUAAGACCGAGCCCUGCACUUACAUCAACUCGCUCGCUGUUGGGAUUUUAGCAAAGCUCGCAACUCAUUCUGUCUAAAGAUUAUUCAUUUCAUGUAUGUGAGGGAUGGUGAUGGUAUAUAUAAUAUUCAUUUAUAUUCUUAAUUUCUUAAUUUGUUUGUCUAGGUGCUAGAAAAUUAGCUUUGAAAUAUCAUGUAAACUUUAAUUUAAUACUUUGACUUGGUCACGAAUAUGUACCUCACCAACUUCAUAUAUAAAGAAAAAUAUUCCACUUGA